UAUGAUCUGGUGGAUCACCCUAGUCAAAACUGGCAUAUCUGGGGUUGGAUGGUAUGCUUGCUUUUACUAGUAAUCACUUGGAUCGUUGCCUUGACCACAAUCACGCGACACAUUCGGCAUUACUAUGACCCGAAUAUCCAACGACACAAGUUACGGGUCUUGCUUUACCCGCCCGUUUACGCCACUCUGUCGUGGAUUUCGUAUCUGAGAUACGAUUAUAGUACAACCAUCAUGUUUUUUGCCACACUGUUCGAAGCACUUGCUAUUUACAACCUAUAUACGUGUCUGGAGGCAUAUUUACAACCGUUUCGAGAUGAAGCGGGCGAGACAAAGGAACCGGUACAUACAAAAGUUUUUGGUCUUUUUAACGUGAACUUAAAAUCCAAGUUCGGCUUCCAUUUUCGAACCAUUACAACGAUCAUGGUAUUGCAAUACCCUCUUUGGGCCAUCAUUGAUGCCUUAAUAUCCAUCGUUUCUUCGGUGAAAGGUUAUUAUUGCGCUGAAUCGUACAGUUUCCAAGGAGCGUAUGUCUACCUCACAAUUAUCAAUUUUAUUCUACUGUCUGUUAUAUUGAGUGCCUUAUUCACUUACUUGGCCGUAUUUCACGAAGAAUGGAAGCGAGGACAAAUUAGUGCACACGGCAUGUUUUGGUGCGUCAAGGGUCCUGUUAUGGCAAUUUUCUAUUUUGGCGAUAUCUUAUUGAGCAUCCUCGAAACAUGCAACGUGAUCAAAGGAACGGAUGGAUCCCAAUCGAGCGAUGGACUUGCGUGGCCAGCUGCAGCUGUCAAAAACGGUUUGGACGUAAUCAUCAUCUGCGUGGUCAUGGUCGUGGCUUCCUUUUUGAUGAACAAAUAUUUUGGACCACAGCGUGAAAUCAUGAAGAGCGGGAACAAUCAGCGCGUCACCGGUUGGAAGGCGUUUUUGGAUGCUUACAUUUCCUACAUACCCGAAUUUGUCAGAAACAUCUUGUGCUGUGGUAUUGAUUCGUAUCGCUUAGCAAGAAAGCGAGCCGAACUCCGUAAGCGGAAAAAGCAGGGCAUGUAUUCGACAGAUAAUAAUAGCGCCAAUGCAUUGUCUCCCGCUUUGGAGAACAGCAAAUCACCGUCAUCGCCACAAGAUGAUAGUUAUGCGAUGGGAGAAGUCCAGCAGUCGCCCUCGCGGUUUACAGCACCUUUCAAUGGUGGAUACGCGCCUGUUCACGAACAACAGCGUUAGCAGAAACGAGUAGUAAUGUACAAUGUGUUUAUUAUAUAAGAUUAUGUAUAUUUGUUAAGUAACUGUCAAAAGAGCAGAAUAUAUAAUACACGCUUUUAAGCGUUUUAUGCUGCAUCAAAUAAACAUUGAAUUUUUUUUGGUCUACGGU